AUGAGUAUACUGUCGCUUUUUCACAUUUGUUCCCCUUUUCUAAGAGCUAACUGCUUGGAAAAAAAAGAAUUUUAUGAAAAUUUCAUAUGCUCCGUCUGCUUAGAUUUAUGCGAUACCCCAGUAGCAACUCAGUGUAAUCACAUAUGUUGCUAUAAAUGUAUGUAUUAUUCUCUCCUACAUAAAAGAAAUUGCCCAAUAUGCAAACGAAUAAUUAAAAAUAAUGAACUAAAAAAAAUAACAGGUAAGAGAAAAGCAGAUUAUGAAAAUAUACGAAUAAGAUGCUACUUAUGUAAUGAAAUAAUUAAAAUAAAAAAUCAUAAAAAUCAUUUAAAGGAAUGCCUAUACAAAAGAUGUAAGAAUUAUAUAUUAGGAUGUGAAUAUUAUGAUAAAAGAAAUAAAAUAAAACAUCAUGAAGAAUCUUGUGAGCAUCGAUUGAUAAGUUGUUCAAGUUGUUCUAAUUUAUUUUAUUUUAAAAAUAGGAUUUUUAUGUUAUCUUCGAAAGAGAAAUAUGAAAUGAAUAUACGCUGCUCUUAUACUUACUAUUCUUUUUAUUACAAUUUAUUAAUGAAUACUAACUUUAAUUUUUUUAAUUAUAAUCAUACUACUAAUAGUACAUUUCAGUGUAGUAAUUAUAUAUCUAGAAAGAUAAAUAUAUUAAAAACUGUUCAAUAUUCCCUAGAUCAUAUUUUUUAUAAAGUAACUGAUGAACAUAAUAAUGCAAUUCCAUGUAAUAAAAAUGUUAGUAAUCCAUAUGUUAAAUAUUUUUCGUGCAAUAAUAAUAAUAGUAGUACUUAUAGAAGUAAGAAAACAGAGGAUAGUAAAAAUAGCAUUCAUGCAAUUAAUAAUAAUUUGGUAACUGCUACAUCAGAAAUAAAGACGUUAAAUAGGGAUUUUGCGGUAAAUAGGCCCCCCAUGAACUUAUUAACUGAUAACAAUUUGAAUACAGGGUGUACUGAAAGUGGCAUUGAUGGAAAUGUUCUCGUUAAAAUAGACAAAACGAGUAAAACAAAUGAGGCAAAUGAAUAUAUUCAGUUGAAUGAGUUAUCUCAACAUAAUGAAGAAUCUUAUAAUGGAGGAAGAGAACAUCCAUUUAACAAAAACAUAAGUGAUUACGAAGAUUAUAGCGAACAAGAUGAUUCUAUUGGAGAAGAAUUCUUAAAUAUUCUCCCAUUAAGAAAAAAUUUUAAUUUUAAAGAAAAGAAUAAUAGGGAUAUUAUGGUAAUAAUAGAAGAGUUGUUUCAAUUUGAUGAAAUUGAUAUGAGUAAUAUUUACGUAGAUAAUAAAGAAUACUUUUUAUGUAACAAAAACUGUUUUAACAAUACAAUUAAAAAGCUUAGACAGGAAUUGGAACGAGCUUUAGUACUCCUAUACUUCAGUUGCUGUGUGGGCAUGCCUGCUAUGUUUACACUUGGUUGUAUUAGCUAUGUUAUGACAAAAGGAUUAUUUAAAUUCUCCUUUUUAAUAACGAAUGCGUUUAUAAGUUUAUCUCACAAAUUUUUUUUCAAAAUGUUUUAUAAUUAG